AUGGGAUUCAAAAAGAGCAGGGAUUUUAAUAAAGCUCUUUUGGCUAAGCUUGCUUGGAUGAUUGCUUCAAAUAGGGACAGUUUGUGUAUGAACCUUCUGAGAAGCAAAUACAAGGUAAGGAAGAAUUGGAUCCAAAGUGAACCUUCUAAAAAUGCUUCCCCAACUUGGAAAGCUAUUAAGAAAACCAAACCCCUUAUUGCUAAGGGUGCUUGUUACCUUGUUGGAAAUGUUGAAGCCAUCAAAAAAACUCAUAUUCCUUUGAGGAGCAGAGCUGAUAAACUUAUCUGGGUCCCGAACAGCAAAGGGGCAUUUUCUGUGAAAUCUGUUUAUAAGGCCAACCAAGACCCUCCUUGUGGAAGCUCCACAGUUCAGUGGCAAAAGAUAUGGAAGAUCAAAGCUCAUGACAGAAUCAAAAUGCUUCUAUGGAGAAUUGGGUCCAAUGUUCUACCAACCAAAAACAACCUGGCAUUAAGAAUAGGGACAUCUGAUCCAAAUUGUGUGCUUUGUGGCAGUGAACCUGAAACAACAACUCAUUUAUUCUUUCAUUGCCAAGUAGCUAGGGCCAUAUGGUUUGGAUGUAGUUGGGGCAUAAGAACUGACAAAAUGAGUAUUGCAUCAAACGAGGACAUCCUCAAAAUAAUCUUGAAUUUGGAUGAGCUGAAAAAUAGAGUAAAGGAAUAUCUUAUGGCUUUAGACCAUGAGCAUGACAAAGAUAGAAGUGAGGAAUUAACUUCAUGGAUGCCCCCUCCAAGAAACUAUAUAAAACUAAAUGUGGAUGCUGCUAUCUCACAGGCUUUCACAUCCUUAGCUGUGGUAGCAAGAAAUGAGUCUGGCGAGGUGUUAAAGGUAUGGACUAAAAUUCAUGAUUUAUGUUCUCCUACUCAAGUUGAAGCAGCUGCAAUUCAGUGGGCUCUAAAGUUGGCUAUCGAUGAAAACUAG